CUGGCGUGACGUCACUGGACUUGGAAUUUAGAGCAAUGGAGGAGUUGUUUCUUGAAGAGCGGUCCAUUCUAAUUUGGUUUUCCAAAUGAUACGCCAGGUUCUGAUAUAUAAUUUUCCUCAGAGCCAUAACCCAAGAAUAACUUAGUAUUUUUGUCUACUUUGUUUCAAACGACAAGGAAUUUGAAGUCGAAUUUCUGCUGCAAUUCGCCGGCUAAGUCGAUCUAGCUGAGUAUACAUGUCCGUAGGAAAUCAAGAUGUCUUUUUUCAAACAAAUCUUCCCGUUCAUGAAAGUGAAGAAAAAGAAGGAAUUUUCGUACAUUAUCAAAGAUGUAGACCCUAAUUCUAAUUGGGAGCUAGUUGGCGAGCUAGGAGAUGGAAGUUUUGGCAAGGUUUAUAAGGCACAACACAAGACAGAGAGUUCUCUUUCUGCAGCAAAGAUCAUUAUAGUAAAUGAUGAGAAUGAACUUGAGGAUUUUAUGGUGGAGAUUGAUAUUCUCAGUGAAUGUAAACACAAGAAUUUAGUUGGUCUGUUUGAGACCUUUUUACAUGAUGGCAAAUUAUGGAUGAUGCUUGAGUUUUGUUCAGGUGGAGCAUUGGAUGAUCUUAUGUUGGAGCUUGAACGAGGCCUAAAUGAACCAGAAAUUAGAGCUGUGACAAGACAACUCUUUGAGGGUCUGCAAUUUCUUCAUAACCAUAAAGUUAUUCACAGAGACUUGAAAGCUGGGAAUUUGCUCUUAGCAAGUGAUGGCAAUGUCAAAAUGGCCGAUUUUGGUGUAUCAGCCAAGAAUAAGAAAACAUUACAGAAGAGAUCCACAUUUAUUGGAACACCUUAUUGGAUGGCUCCUGAGGUUGUUGUAACGGAGACGUACAAGGAUGAUCCAUAUGAUUAUAAGGCUGAUAUCUGGUCUGCUGGAAUCACUCUUAUUGAGCUGGCUCAGAUGGUUCCUCCAAAUCACAACAUGCACCCCAUGAGAGUACUCUUCAAGAUCCCUAAAUCAGACCCGCCCACAUUCGACAAUCCUAACAAAUGGUCAAAUGAUCUGAAUGAUUUUUUGGCAUCGUGCGUUGUCAAAAACCCUGACAUGAGAGCAAGUGCGACAGAGAUGAUUAAGCAUCCCUUUAUUGCCGAUUUCACGGACAAUAAGGCCCUGAAGGAUCUAUAUAACGAGGCUAAAGCUGAGGUAAUCGAAGAGAUUGAAGAUCUUCCUGAAGAUACAGAGGACGAGCUUAAAUAUAACGACGUUGAACUCAAGUCUGCAAGUUCAUUAGACGAGCUUGACAAAGAUGCGAUUCAGGAAAAGGAUCUACCCAAGGAGGAGGAAAAACAAGUGCCCGAGAUCAGGGUUGAACCAGAGCCAAAGGAUGAGAAAGAGGAAGAAAGCAAGACUGAGGAGAAAGAAAAACUAGAAGGUGAGGGACAAGCUAUACCCGAGAAAGAACCCAAAGAGGGCGAGACAAUGGCAAAGGAAGAAGACAAAGAGAGAAAGGACGAUAGUAAAGUGGAGAAAGAAGUCAAGGACACUGAAGAUGAUAAAGCAAACCUUCAGGAGAACGAAGAAUAUCCGGCUCCCGAACCUGAAGAAAAGGGAGAGAAGACAGAAGAGGCAUCAGAAGAAGGUAAGGCAACCGAAGAUGAGGUGAAAGAGAAAGAUGAGAAAAAGGCGGAGGAACUAGAACCCAGCGACAAGUACUCUGCUCGCCUGGAUAACAUUCUUGAUGAGAUGGAAGAUACGGGAGAUCAACAGAAGGAGAGGGAAGAAGAGAAAGAAACAGAGGAAAAACAGGAAGAGAAGGUGCCGGAGAAGGAGGACAAAACGGAGGAACUAGAUGAGGAGAAGAAACGACAGGAAGAGAAUGCUAAAGAAGCUACUCCGGAAAGGAAACCCGAGCCUGAGAUGAAGCCACCGCAGGGAAAAGAGUUUGAGAUCUACCUGGACGAUGAGCCAGACCUUGUAGAGAAGCUUAAGGCCAAGAAAGAGCAGGAAGAUAGGCUAAAAGCCGAGCUCGCUGCUAUCGCGGCCCCUAUAAAGGUGGCUAAUGGGGCGCCGAGUGUAGCGGACAAUAAGGCAUCAGAAGAUGCUAAGGACGGAGCAGAGAAGAAGCCCGAAGGUGAGAAGCACUUCAAAACACUGAAGAGAACGCGGAAGUUCGCGAAUCAAGACGGCCAAAUAGUCACGGAAACGACGUCACGUGUUGUGGAUGUCAGCGGAGAGGACUACAAAAACGCACUCAUCAAAGCACAGAUGCAAAGGAAGGUGAAUCUUCGUGAACUGAAGGUCCUUCAGCGUCUGGAACAGAAGCAAGGCAUUGAGCUUAUGACAAGGAUUCGCCGGCAGUGGGAGACGCAGGAGCAACGAUUCGAGCAAGAACUUCUGGAAUUGGAAAGGAAAUACGAAAUUGAGCUUGACAAUCUGAGCAGGAACCAGAAGCGUGACAUCGAGAAACUAGAGUUAACACAGAACGCUGACCUGAGGACCUCGUCACGCAAGAUGAGGCAAGACCAGGAAAAGGAGCUGAAGAAGUUUAAAGAGAACCUCAAAGAAGAACAAAAACGUAGCAAAAAAGAAGUUGACAAGCUACCUCGAAAUCAGCGAAAAGACGCGUGGAAAAAGAAGAAGGAGGAACUGGACUUGUCUCACCAGCAAGCUGAGCACGAAUUCCAGGCGAUGCAGCAAGUCGAGUUUGAGAAAUUCUACAAACAGAUGAUCGACCUUCACAGACAGAAAAUGUUUGAGAUGGAAAUGCACUUUCUCGAGUCGAAGCACGAGCGGAAGCGUGCGCACGAGUCUGAGAAGUGGGAGAUCGAGUUCCGUCACCUGAACGAGCGUCACCAGCUCGCCAAGACCCAGCUGAAGGAGACUUUCUUCCUACAGAGAUCGCAGAUGCUCAAUAGACAUCUAAAGGAAGUCGAGCAACACCAACACCUCACCAAGCUUCAGGAAGAGGACAUGAAACGGCGACACGAAAUCGAGCGCAAGCGACUGCCGAAGAUCCAGCGCAACGAGAUCAAGAGCAAAACCCAGAACUACCGCAAAUCUCUACGAGUGGACAAACAGAUGUCACUAGAGGACGAGAAGGAGCUCAUGAGAACGUUCGAGGAAGCCGAGCGUAAGAGAGCGAAGUCUGAGUACGAGAAAAUGCUGAUCAGGCAGGACCUGGAAGUGGAAGAGCUGAGAACUACCACUGAGAGUGCUCUCAAGGAACUCCAACAGCUCCAGAACGAGAAGCGGCACAUGUUGAUGGAGAGCGAGACGUUGAAGCUUAAGGAACGAGAUGACAAACACAGCUCCCAAAUGGCGGCGUGGAAGGCUGAGCUAGGGCCCAGGAAGAAGAGAUUGGAAGAAGAAUUUGCGCGCGAAAAGAGAGAGCAACAGUUAUUCUACGCUAAGGGUGGUGAGCAAGGUUUCUUCGACUCCACUCCGAACGACCUUCGAGUUUCCUCAGAUCAGUCGAUCAAAGACUCUAUGGAUGGGUCGGGAGGCAGUCAAACCGGAAGCCAAACGGGAAGCCAAACCGGAAGUCAAACAGGAAGCCAAAAGAGCUCAAGCAGAUCCUCGAGCGGAUCUGUCGAAAUUUAACCUUCGUUUGAUGCCUUGUUCAUAACAUUGGGAUAAAUAUCAAUGUCAAGGUUCCCUUGAAUGACCACCCGGUCCCAGUCUCCUUGCUCGAGCUUCUGCAGUGGGCACGUGAUAGUUUUCUUUUGUGGCUUUCAUCGGGUGAUGUCCCCGUAAAUGCAGAUCAAAUCAACAGAUUAACAUAGUUUUGAGUUCAAAAUCGUCAUUUGCAAAGAUAGGCCCUUUGCUGGAACUUCUCGGUCGUUAUCCACGAGUGACUCGCGAUGUUAUUCGGAGAUGCGUAUUGUUAUUCGCGAGUGACUCGGUUUUAUUCGCAAGUGCCUCGUAAUUCGUGAUUUACUGGGUGUUAUUCGCGAGUGAUUUGGUCUUAUUCGUGAGUGACUCUGUGUUAUUUGUGAGUGCCUCGUAAUUCGUGAUUUACUCUUUGUUAUUCGCCACUGAUUCGGUCUUAUUCGUGAGUGACUGUGUUAUUUGUGAGUGUCUCGUAAUACGUGAUUUACUCGUUGUUAUUCGCGACUGAUUCGGUCUUAUUCGUGAGUGACUCUGUGUUAUUUGUGAGUGCCUCUGUGUUAUUUGUGAGUGCCUUGUAAUACGUGAUUUACUCGGUGUUAUUCGCGACUGAUUCGGUCUUAUUCGUGAGUGACUCUGUGUUAUUUGUGAGUGCCUCGUAAUACGUGAUUUAUUCGGUGUUAUUCGCAAGUGACGCGGUGUUAUUCGUGUUGUUUUACAGAGGCUUUCUUGCCUUCCAAUAAGAACUGAAUACUACUUUACUACCAUGCGAAUUUUUGUUAAAGUUUAUAAAUCUCGCUGAAGUAGGCACGGUCAAUUGAAAAAAAGUUGAAAAGAGGAAGGGUCGGACUUUAUUUUCUUUGUUUUCUACACACUUUCUUGUACUAUACUAAUAUUUGAGUACACUAGUGUGCAUGUGUGUGCACUCUGUUCUCAUUCAUUCUCUUUCCAUUUUUUUUAUUGUCCGAUCCUAUGGGACCGACCAAGUCUGCUUGUUCCAAAUUAUUUUUAGAGAUUUUGCCUCCUUUGAAAUUGUUUGGAUAAUAAUCGUUACCCACGCGUCAUAUGUCGAAUGGUCUCUCGCAGUACUGCAGUUCAGUGGCGAGUAAUCGAUGUGCGUUUAUUGCUAAAUCCACAGCGCUCGCGCAGUCUUUCUUGUAAAGGUUCAUCAUCAUAUUAUAUAAUUUGAUAUAAAGAAUAAAUUAGAAGUGAAAUUAA